GGAGCAGAGAAGUUUGAGUAAGAGAUAAGGGCGAGGCGAGCGCCCGAGCCGCCAGCGCCCAGUCCGGCACCGCCGCGCCGCCGCACCGCACAGCAAAGAACUGCGCCUCGCCGUACCGCGUAGUUACCGCACCGCACAGCCGGACCCCGCCGUGCAUCCGGCGCCGCGCGCCCCCUUCUCUCUCCGCAGCCCUGACAGUAUCUCCCACGUCGCGACAGCUAUUAAACCUACUUUGGGGUCUUAAAACGAAACCGUACACCAUUUCACUGUGGACAUUACACCCUCUUACAGAUAUGGGAGACAUGGGAGACCCACCAAAAAAAAAACGCCUGAUUUCCCUAUGUGUUGGUUGCGGCAAUCAAAUUCACGAUCAGUAUAUUCUGAGGGUUUCUCCGGAUUUGGAAUGGCAUGCGGCGUGUUUGAAGUGUGCAGAGUGUAAUCAGUAUUUGGACGAGACCUGUACGUGCUUUGUUAGGGAUGGCAAAACCUACUGUAAAAGAGAUUAUAUCAGGUUAUACGGCAUCAAGUGCGCCAAGUGCAGCAUCGGCUUCAGCAAGAAUGACUUCGUGAUGCGCGCCCGCGCCAAGGUGUACCACAUCGAGUGUUUCCGCUGCGUGGCCUGCAGCCGCCAGCUCAUCCCUGGCGAUGAAUUCGCGCUGCGGGAGGACGGCCUCUUCUGCCGGGCGGACCACGACGUGGUGGAGCGGGCCAGCCUGGGCGCUGGGGACCCCCUCAGCCCCUUGCACCCCGCCCGGCCGCUGCAGAUGGCAGCAGAACCUAUCUCUGCCAGACAGCCAGCUCUGCGACCCCACGUCCACAAGCAGCCCGAGAAGACCACACGAGUCCGAACUGUCCUCAACGAAAAACAGCUUCACACCUUGAGGACCUGCUAUGCUGCCAACCCCAGACCUGACGCCCUCAUGAAGGAGCAACUGGUGGAAAUGACUGGCCUCAGCCCUAGGGUCAUCAGGGUUUGGUUUCAAAACAAGCGGUGCAAGGACAAAAAGAGAAGCAUCAUGAUGAAGCAACUUCAGCAACAGCAACCCAAUGACAAAACUAAUAUCCAAGGGAUGACAGGAACUCCGAUGGUGGCUGCUAGUCCGGAGAGACAUGACGGUGGUUUACAGGCGAACCCCGUGGAGGUGCAGAGUUACCAGCCGCCCUGGAAAGUCCUGAGUGACUUCGCGUUGCAGAGUGACAUAGACCAACCUGCUUUUCAGCAGCUAGUUAAUUUCUCAGAGGGAGGACCAGGUUCCAACUCUACUGGAAGUGAAGUAGCAUCAAUGUCCUCUCAGCUCCCAGAUACACCCAACAGCAUGGUAGCCAGCCCUAUUGAGGCAUGAAGAACGUUCAUUCAGAUUUCUGUUGUUGUUGUUUCUGCCCUUGCCCUCACGUCUGUUGGAGAGAGUGGGAAAAUGAUCACAUUGGGACUCUGAAAUUUAGUGGGGAAAAGUAUUUAACAGCCCUAUAAAGGAACCACUCCAUGAAAUGAAUGGAAUCAUGUUUGAAAAGACAAGGUAAUAUGGUAGCAACACUGUGAAGACAAUCAUGGGAUCUUACUAGAAUAAAUAUUAAAACAACAAACAACAACAAACAACAACAACAACAAAAGCAAAACAACACAAAAAAGAAACAAAAAAAAAAAGAAAAAAAAGAAAAAAAAAACACUAUUCAGUGUUCUUAAGGGGAUAAAAAAGACAUUUUCAAAACGUAGAGGAUUUGUACUCAUGGAUCUCAGAGAAAAAAAAAAGAAAGUGAAAAAAAAAAAUCUUUUCCUUUGACUGCACAUCUUAGAGAGAAACCAAGGUAGAGGGACUUCCUAUUGAGUCUCUCCUAAUCCGAAUGGUGCUGUUUCUAUAUUGGUCAUUGCCUUGCCAAAAGGAGCUCCAGUAGGUUUUCCAUCAUCAGGAAUGACGAUUUAGCCCUGCAUUGUUGAAAGAUUAAUUGCAGGAAGGUGGAGCUGCAUUGGUUUGCAAUGUUGUUUUUAGUUGACUCUUAACAAGGGGUUGUUUCCUGGGUCUCUUAUAGCAUGUACUGUAGCGGAGUUUUGUUUUUUGUUUGGUUGAGAUCCAUCCUCUAUCAAGUCUGAAACGAUUAAAAAUAGGUUUUUGAAUUACUCUUUAAAAACCAAUUUAUAAAAGCA